UCUACUACUACUUUUUCUAAUCCACGGAAGCACUGAAAUGACCGGGGCGCCGUUUCUAUUUUCGAACUCCCUCACGCGUCGCUUGGAGACUCUGGUGAGGGAACGAUGUGGGUUGGAGACCAUCAAGCAGGAAGAGGCUUUCGAUCUCUUCAACCGCAUGUUGGAUGCGACGCCGACGCCAUCGAUUCAAGCAUUCGACGCGCUCCUUUCAGCAGUCCUUCGAACAACGAAUUAUCCUGCUGUCAUCUCUCUCUACAAUCAAAUGGUUCGGGCGGGAGCAGUGUCUCCCCAUGCCCGCACCUAUGAAAUUUUGAUGAAUUGCUGCUCUCAGAUGAACCGAAUGGAUCUCGGUUUCGGGAUCUUCGGAGGCCUACUGAAACGGGGUUGGAGGCCAAACACCUUAACUUUCAACUUGCUGCUCAAGGGUCUGUGCUCCGAGAAGAAGAUCGAUGAAGCAGCCGUGGUGUUUGACAGAAUGCCCCUUUCAGGGUGCGCGCCCGACGUGGUUUCCUACACUACUCUUAUCAAGGGGCUCACCUGUAAUGGGAAAACUGGCUUGGGGCUUGAGUUGCUUCGAAAGAUGGUGACUUUGGGUGGUGGAUGUAAGCCUGAUGUGGUUACGUACAACAUAAUCAUCAAUGGCCUUUGCAAGGAUGGAGCCAUGGAAAAGGCUUCGAAGCUGUUUGAAGAAAUGGUUGCUCAGGGUGUCACGCCUGAUGUCGUCACUUAUAAUUGCAUUAUCCGUGAACAUUCUGUGUUAGGCCACUGGAAAGAAGCCAUUGGAAUAUUCAAGAAGAUGGUAGAUCAAGGCCUUUCUCCAAAUGUAGUGACAUUCAACACAUUGAUGAGUUCUCUAUGCAAGCAAAGGAAAAGUGAUGAAGCACAUAAGAUACUGAAUUUGAUGGCUGAAAGGGGAGAAAAGCCUGAUAUUAUCUCGCAUAACAUAUUGUUGCAUGGGUACAUUCUAGAAGGCCGUCUCGAUGAUGCAAUGGACUCUGUUAAUGCCAUGGUGCUUAAGGGUCUCGAGCCUAACAUUUAUAGUUACAGUAUCCUGAUUAGUGCUUAUAGUAAGAAUCAGACAAUGGAUAAGGCUAUGUAUAUGCUCAAGAGAAUGCGACAGGAAGGCAUGGAACCUGAUGUUGUUACCUACAACACUGUCUUGGAUGGACUUUGUAAGACUGGAAGACUGCAGGAAGUUCAAUAUCUAUUUGACCAGAUGGUCAGUCAAGGCAUAUCUCCAGAUAUCAUCACUUACAACACUUUAAUUAAUGGCUUUUGCAAAUUGGGCAAGUGGAAGGAAGCCAGCAGAUUUCUCUAUGAAAUGAUGGAUCAUGGAAUUCGUCCUGAUGUUAUAACGCUUAGUGUUUUAAUUGAUGCUCUUUGUAAAGAAGGAAUGACCAAAGAAGCGCAUAAGCUAUUGGAUGUGAUGGUGCGGAUAGGUGAGGAGCCUAAUGCAGUUACAUACACAACCAUAAUUGAUGGAUACUGUUUGAUUGGCCAAAUAUAUGAAGCAAUCAAAGUAUUUCAUUUCAUGACUUCGAAGGGCCAUGCACCAAAUGUUGUUACUUACAGUUCAUUGAUCAAUGGCUAUUGCAAAAUAGGAAGAACAGAUAAGGCAGUAGGCUUUCUUGAUGAAAUGUACCGCAAUGGAUUGAGGCCCACAACUAUAACUUACAAUACUAUAAUAAAUGCCUUAUUUCGAAUUGGUAGAGUCGGUGAUGCAAAAGAACUGCUUGGCAAGAUGAUAGCUGCUGGGGUAUGCCCGGACCUUUCUACAUGCCACAUAAUGCUGGGAGGACUUUGUAAAAACCGAUAUAUCGAUGAAGCUAUGGAUGUGUUCCAGUACAUAUCUUCUCAAAACUACAAGCUUGAAGUGACCACUUUUAACAUCCUGAUUGAUGGAAUGCUUAGAGCUGGUAAAUUUAAAGGAGCUCGAGAUCUAUUUAAUGCUAUCACUUCUAAAGGCUUGAUGCCUAAUGUUGCGACCUAUACCAUAAUGAUGAAAGGCCUUAUAGAAAAAGGGUUGCUGGAUGAGGCUGAGGAGCUGUUCUUGCAGCUGGAAAAAUCUGGAUACCCCUCAGAUUCUGUUAUGCUUAAUACCAUAGUUCGCUGCUUACUAGAGAAAGGUGAGGUAUGGAAAGCCAUGGGUUUUCUCGAUAAAAUCAAAGAGAGAUGUUUUUCUCUUGAGGCUUCAACUACUUCCCUUUUGAUAGAUCUAUUCUCAAAAGAUGCAAAAUAUCAUGAACAUAUGAACCUGCUUCCUAUUUUUUCUCAAUAUGGUAUAAAGUUGAGUGAUGACAUUAGCAGGGAACUAUUGAUCACAUCUCAGCAGUAAUGAGUUGAAAGAUGAGAUUCUCAAGUAAAUAUGUUUGAGUAUUUUACCUCAAAUUACGAGUUACCUCUUUUGACAUCUUAUGCUUUGGCUACAUGCUAGCGGAUUAUCCUCCAAUAGUAACACUGAAGCUUCAUUUAACAGCCAUCCAAGUUACUUUGUUUUGUAUGUAUUUUGCAAAUAUAAUGCAUUGAAAUUCUGGCAGGGUGAAAUUGAA